AAAAAAUUAAAAAGAAAUUGAAAAAGUUGAAAAGUUAAAAUUAUUAAAUUUAACAUUUUAGACGAAAAUGGAAUAAAUUUCAUUUAAACUAAUCGAUUAUGUAGUUGAAAUAUAGAUAGAGAUAUUCGUUUAUCAAUAAACGCUAGUUUUAAGGACAAAAGAGAGAAAAAAGACGAAGAAGUUUGUCAUUGAGAAAAAAAAGAAAAAGUAAAAAAGAGUGUUGCAGAAAAAAGACCCAUAAAACUUCAUUAUGACUGAUCCAGGAAUAUUACGUGAAUUGUUUGAAGCAUGUAAAAGUGGAGAUUUAGUUAAAGUCAAAAAACUGAUGACAUCGCAAAAUGUCAAUGAAAUUGAUACCGCUGGACGACGCAGCAGUGCGCUUCAUUUUGCUUCUGGAUAUGGACGCAAAAAUGUUGUUGAGUAUUUGCUUGCAAAUGGUGCCAAUAUCAACUUGCGAGAUGAUGGUGGACUUAAUUGUCUUCACAAUGCGGCCUCUUUUGGACAUCAGGAAGUUGUACAGAUCUUACUUGAUGCAGGUGCUGAUCCAAAUCUUCAAGAUAAUUGGGGAUUCUCAGCAUUGCAUGAAGCUAGUGCAAAAGGGAAAGUUGAAGUAUGCUUAGCAUUAUUAAGGCACGGUGGAAAUUGGAACUUGAGGAAUUCUGAAGGCAAAACUCCCAUAGAUUUAGCAGAUCCAACAACUAAGCCAAUAUUAACUGGUGAAUAUAGGAAGGAUGAACUUCUAGAAGCAGCUCGAUUAGGUGAUGAACUGAAACUACUUGAAUUAUUAAAUCCAUUGAAUGUAAAUUGUCAUGCUAUGGAUGGAAGAAGAAGUACACCUCUACAUUUAGCAAGUGGAUAUAAUCGUGUUAAAGUUGUCCAAAUUCUCUUACAAAAUGGUGCUGACUGUCAUGAAAAAGAUAAAGGAGGAUUAGUAAGUCUGCACAAUUCCGCAAGCUAUGGCCAUUUGGAAGUUUCACAACUGCUUAUUAAAUCCGGAGCAAAUGUUAAUGCAGCUGAUUUAUGGCAAUUCACACCUCUACACGAAGCGGCUCAAAAGGGAAGAGCUGAAGUCUGUAGUUUGCUAAUUUCUGAAGGUGCAGACAUAAACUUUCUCAAUUGUCAUAACAAAUCGCCAUUGGAUUUGGCACCAAGAGAUUUACAAGAAAGAAUGGCAUACGAAUAUAAAGGUAUACAAUUAUUGUCCGCAUGCCGUGAAUGUGAUAUAACUAGAGUCAAGAAAUUCCUAACAUCCCAAACGAUAUCGUUUGCACAUCCAUUUACUGGAGAUCAAGCAUUGCAUGUCAUAGCAAUGUCUGCUUUUCCAAAACGGAAGCAAAUACUCGAAUUUUUAAUACGCAAAGGUGCACAACUGAACAUAAAGAAUAAAGACUUGCUUUCUCCAUUAGCAUUAUCAUCAAAAUUUGCCAAUUAUGACAUAAUGGACUGCUUGAUUAGAAAUGGAGCAAAUAUUAACAUAACAGAUGGUCUAGGUCAAACUUGUCUUCAUCAAGCAGCAAAAGAUGAUGACGUACAGGCAGUCCGAUUACUUUUGUCUCAUGCUGCAGAUCCAGAUGUUGUUUCUUUACAAGGAUAUACGCCAUCUCAAGUAGCUAAAGAGAAUGUACUUAAGAUUUUCAAAGAGGAAAAGAAAGGAACAAAAGAACUUCAAGAAUCAACAUCCGAUUUAGAAUCACAAUUACUUGAGGCAUCAAAAAGUGGCGAUUUAACAACUGUAAAGAAAAUUAUUUCGUUAAAUUCAAGGAUAGUCAAUUGUCGUGAUAGUGAAGGUAGAAACAGUACUCCUUUGCAUUUCGCAAGUGGAUAUAAUCGAGUGUCUGUCGUUGAAUAUUUACUCGAACAUUCUGCCGAUGUUCAUGCAUCUGAUAAAGGAGGGUUAGUUCCAUUACACAACUCAAGUUCCUAUGGUCAUCUUGAAGUUUCUCAAAUGCUUAUUAAGUACGGUGCCAAUGUCAAUGCUUUGGAUUUGUGGAAGUUUUCACCAUUGCAUGAAGCAAGUGCAAAAGGCAAAUACGAAAUAGUGAAACUUUUAUUAAAGCAUGGAGCAGAUCCGAAAUUGAAAAAUCGAGAUAAUGCUACGCCAUUAGAUUUAGCGAAAGAUCAAGAAAUUGCGGAUUUAUUGAGAGGUAAUGCUGCGUUGCUUGAUGCAGCUAAGAAAGGUGAUCUGGCAAGAGUAAAGAAGCUAUUGACUUCUGAUAACAUCAAUUGUAGAGAUGUAGCUGGAAGAAACAGUACACCAUUGCACCUAGCUGCUGGAUAUAACAAUUAUGAAGUUGUUGAGUAUUUAUUGGAAAAUGGUGCCAAUGUGAAUUCGACAGACAAGGGAGGACUUAUAGCACUCCAUAAUGCGAGCUCUUUUGGACAUUUAGAAAUAGCGGCAAUACUAAUUAAAUAUAAUACACAAGUAGAUGCUGUCGAUAAAUGGGGAUUUACUCCACUUCAUGAAGCGUCUCAAAAAGGUCGUACACAAUUGUGUAGCUUAUUAUUAGCUCAUGGAGCUGAUCCAUUUCUUACAAAUCAAGAAGGCCAAACUGCUUUAGAUUUAUGUACAGCAGAAGAUGUAAAGUCAUUGCUUCAAGACGCAAUGUUUGCACGACAACCAUUAAAUGUAUCUACAUCUAGUUCCAUUCCAUCAACAACAACUGUCAAUGAAUCGACAGAACUAAUCACAUUGCCAAGUGGAAAUCAAGUAGAACUUCCAGUAAUUAUGUCAAUGUCAUCAAGAUCAUGUUUAAGUCCAAUUCAAGGUAUUGAAUCUAACAUUGAUAAUGUUGAGGAAGACAAGACAGUUCAGAGUGAUUAUAGUGAUAUCAGUAGCUUCCUGUCCAAACUAAAAUUAGAGCAUUUAAGUGAACUUUUCGAGAGAGAACAAAUAACAUUGGAAAUCCUGACUGAAAUGGGCCACGAAGAUCUGAAAAAUGUCGGAGUUACAGCUUAUGGAUAUAGACACAAAAUUCUUAAAGGAAUUGCUGGCAUGAAAUCAAAUCGAGGUGUCACAACAGUUCCAGUAACUCCAGCGACAAUUUUAAUAGACUUGUUGACAAACGAUAAAGAGUAUUUAUUAGUCGAGGAAGAAAUGCAAAGCACAAUAAGGGAGCAUUUAAGGGAUGGCGGAAAUAUGGGAGGCGUAUUCAAUCGAUACAAUAUUUUGAGGAUUCAAAAGAUUCAAAAUCAAAAGUUAUGGAACCGAUAUAUGCACAGACGAGCUGAAAUAGCUGAAGAAAUUGGUGGACAAUAUAAUGAGAAAGUUUUAUUCCACGGUAGUCCAUUCAUCAAUGCAAUUAUUCAGAAAGGAUUUGAUGAACGACACGCCUAUAUCGGUGGCAUGUUUGGUGCUGGCAUUUAUUUCGCUGAAAAUUCGUCCAAGUCUAAUCAGUAUGUAUACGGAAUUGGUGGAUCUGGAUGUCACGCACAUCAUGAUAAAAGCUGCUACAUAUGUCAUCGUUCGUUGCUGUUGUGUAGAGUCGCUUUAGGAAAGUCAUUUUUACAAUUUACAUCUUUAAAAAUAUCACAUUCACCGCCAGGACAUCAUUCUGUAAUCGGAAGACCUUCACUUGGUGGACUCAACUUUCCAGAAUACGUAGUUUAUAGAGGCGAACAAGCGUAUCCACAAUAUUUAGUGACAUAUCAAAUAAUGAAUGACAAGAGAAGUGACGAUGAAAAUGGUACAGAUAAUGAAAUGAAGAGUUGAUGAAUGCGACUAAAUUGUGAUUGAAUUAAUUCUGGAAUUAAUAUAUUUAUGUUCUAAUCAAUGCAAGACAUUUUAUGUACUUUACAAUUUAAGGAAACAAAUAUUUUUAUUAUUUUUGUGUAUCGCUCACAGAGUCUUUUAUUCUCGACAAAUUAAUAAAAUAUAUAAAAUCAAUAAUGCAUGAAAAAGCAUAUCACGG